AUGAACGAAAUGGCAUAUAUCGUGCAAGCGUGGCUGCCUCUUCUGGUCUGGCAACAGGUCGAUGCUCCCAAGUAUCAAAAAGGUUUCAUCACGGUCACCUGCCUAUCUGUGUGCAUCAUCGUCACAGCAUUGGGAACUAGAGUCUUGCACAACAAGGAGAUCCAAAGAGGAGAGAAGGAGAUCAUCAGAGGAGAAAUGGAAGGGUAUGAGACUGGUGUCGAGACUCCUCCGCAGCACUCGGUUGAGGUUCAGAGCGGAGGCAAGGCUUAUAUUCAAGAGGUGCGAACGAAGAAAGCUAUAGACUUGUAG